CUAAAAUAAUAAGUAUUCGUGGAAUUUAUAAUGGCAAAAUACUUCAGAGGAAAAUUGGUUCUUCUUCUUAUAUGUUACAUGAGAAGCAUUUCAGCAGUCAAGUGGCCAAGAGGAAGCUAUACAUUGGUCAGACCAAAGACCGGAUGUCCACCGGGCUGGCUGGAGGGGUGGCGACACCAGGAUAAUGAGGACGACAACAACAAGAAUCAACUAGCUGAUGGACAUCACUUCUCAGGUUCCUUUGGCAGAAACAUGAAGUUCGAGUAUUGUACCAAAGAUCCCAAUGACAUAAACGACGAGGGGAUCUGGCCAGCUGGAAACUACUGCAUUCUUAAGCACGGGACUAGCUGUCCUCCCUCGGGUUUUAAAAGUGGAAGUAUACACUGGGAUGAUGAGGAUUCUAGGAACAAGAACUCUUAUGGCGGAACACUGCCGACUGGAACGUAUAACAGGAAUACUAGGAUAGAAUACUGCUGCAGAGAAGACGGUUCGUAUACCAAUGAGAUAAGGCUACCGACGGACAAACCCUUCUAUCUGUUAAGAUUUACGUCACAGUGUCAGGUGAUCAGGGGGAUGUACGUAAGAGAGGAGAAGGUACAUUUUGAUGACGAGGAUAAAAACAACAAAAACUCUGUAACCGGAAGUUAUCCCUACGGAGCCGGGGGAAGAAACCACAAUCUUUAUUACUGCUACUAUUCUCCUCUUUAAAUCAAAUCAUUGAUGUUGAUUGCAUCAAUCUACCAUCUUUUGAAUAAAGAUUUAUUCAAUGUGAUU